UCUAUCUCUUUCAUCUUCCAUCCCUCUCCUCUCACUCUUUUCAAAACAAGGGCUUUGCAAAGCUCUAUAUCAUUUCACCACCGGAACAUUGACCAUCGCUAGUUAUCGCUGUCGUCAUAGACUUCGGCGACGCCAACUUACAGCAUGGCGGCAUUCCUGCGCGGCAAGCAGACGGGCAUGCAGAAUGACCUAUCAGCGAGCAUCAGACCCGAACUCUUCAUGCCCGACGAUCAGGCUCGCUAUGGCAUCAACUCUCAAAUCAGGUAUCGCUCCGUCUCGCCCAACAUGUAUCAUGUAUGCAUGCCCCAAAAUGACCCAGCUGACCAUCCAUUCUUUGUCGUAGCUGCUACGCUUACGACCCAGUCCAGUCCCUCCUAGCUAUCGGAACUGGUGAAAGCAAGUUUGGCCCCGGUAAAGUCUACAUCUUCGGUCAGCGACGUGUACACAAGAUCCUCGAGCCUCCCCGACGCACAUCCUUCCAGAUCGUACAAUUCUCCGCCAACCGACUUGUUACCGUCGACGCGAAGAACGAGUUGGGAAUAUGGGACCUCGGCACCGGCGAGCGCAUCGCCGCUCUGGUCGUUGCUGGCCAGGUCGUCUCUUUGGUGACGGAUCCUAUGCUUGACUGGGCCUUUAUCGGCUUGUACAAUGGAGACAUCAUGGCCUUUGAUCUGGACAGAGGAAGCUUGGCCCGUUCCUUCAGACUUCCCAACUUCUGGAAAGAGAAGAACCCUGGUGCGACCACUCCAAACCUCAUAACCAUGUCUCUUCACCCCCGAGACGUCGGUAAGCUCCUAUUGGGUUACACCCACGGCGCUGUCGUCUACUCGUUCAAACAAGCCAAGCCUGUCAACUACUAUGAGUAUGUUGUUCCAGCAGGCGCUCCCGGAGGCAACGGUGCAGCUGUUGAGACAGUUCGAAAGCCUCGACUUACACAUGCACUCUGGCACCCCUCUGGUACAUUCAUCCUGACAGCUCAUGAUGAUGGAAGCUUGGUGUUCUGGGAUCCAAAGGCCGAAAAGAUUGUGAUGGCGAGAACCCUGACCGACUUCAACGUCGACCAGCCCUCGCCCGAGACUCCUACGCCUGCUUUACCUGAGCCCAUCACUAAGAUCGCUUGGUGUUGCAAAGAGAAUUGCGACGAUAGUGGCCUUCUUAUUGCAGGCGGACAACGCCCUGACGCAUCGCAAAAGGGCUUGACAUUCAUUGACUUGAGCCAGACGCCGGUUUAUGCGACCUCGACCUGGCAAAUAUUGGCUAAUUACUGCAGGGGGAAACGCCAGAAUGUUCUUCCUCUUCCUUCUGGUGCGCAAGCAAUUAACUUCCUCCUCAUUCCACGAUUUUCUCCUCACUUUGCUGGCGCUCAAGACCCGAUCGCUGUCAUGGUUCUCCUCUCGUCUGGUGAACUCAUCACACUGAGUUUCCCCUCGGGCUAUCCGAUCAGUCCUACCAACCAGCUUCAUCCCUCCGUUUCUUUUGUUCAUCCAUUUGUGACAAAAGUCAACGUGUCAUCUCUCGAACGUCCACGCUGGCUCUCCAUGUUCGAGAAGCGCAAUCAAGGCGAGCCGCUGCUCAAAGGAGGAGCCGAGGCGUCGCGACCUCGGAAAAGAUUUGAAGAGAGAACCAUAAUCCAGGCCGCUCAUGCCGAUAGUACAAUCAGGAUCUGGGACUCGGGCCAUGCUGAUGAAAUUGAAAAUGGAACCCAGCUUCAAGUCGAUGUUGCCCGAGCACUGGACCGAUACGAUGAUGUAGAGAUUACCUGUAUGAACAUGGCGCCUAGCACUGGAGAAUUCGUCGUAGGAACACGCACGGGAGAGGCCAUCAUUUAUCGAUGGGGUCAGAAUCGCUUUUUCGGCAAAGAUAAAGCUCUCCAGCUUGACCCUAAUCCCAAAGGCCUCACGGACAUUAGCUCGAGAGCAGAACCAGGCCUCAAGGAGGGCCUGCAGCCUCUUGUUCUCUACGAGAUGAUGAUGGGCCCUAUCACAGCUAUACAGGUGUCCAAUGUUGGAUUCGUAGCCGUAGGCUCUGAACUGGGGUUUCUUACGCUGAUUGAUCUUCGCGGGCCUGCUAUCUUCUUCCAGGCUCCCAUGACGGAUUUCGCCAAACCAGAUAAGCGAUCCUCGUUCCUCAAGAGCCAUAGUUCUUCGCCGGGUCCCCAGAAAGAGUGGCCUGUUGUAAUUGAGUUUGGUGUCAUGACCUUGGACGAAGACAAAUACUCGAGCAUUUGCUGUUUUGUGGGAACAAACCUAGGCAAAGUCAUCACCUUUAAACUUCUGCCUGGCCAAGACGGCACAUACUCUGCGUCGCUCGCAGGCGUUGUAUCGUUCGAUGGGAAGAUCAUUUCACUCAACCCCAUCGAAGCUGAUACGGGCAAACCUGCCCAUGCCACCGGGCCGAUCGUGGCAGGGCUCAGAGAAGGACGUCAGGUCAAUGGCGUACUUGUUGCUGUCACGCAAACAGAAAUCCGAAUCUUCAAACCAGCCAACUCUAAAGGCGCAUCAAAAGAGUUUGAUAGCAUCCUCUGUGAUUCUGCAUGUGUAGCAGAGCUCGAGUUACAGGGAUUUGCCGUCGUUGGUGUGUUUGGUGACCGAACUGCCCGUGCAUUCUCAAUUCCCGGCCUCAGAGACAUCGGAAAGGCCGACCUUCCCAUGAUAGAUGUGACGAGGAGUACAAACUCAGUUGUUACUCAGACUGGCGACGUCUUUGCUUGGACAGGGCCAAGUGAACUUGCCGUGAUCCACGUCUGGGGAACGGGCAAAGGACCUCAACAAUCUCCAGACACGCUGAUAAACCCCAAGCUUGAGUGCCCACCUCGGCCGACCAUUUCAAACAUGCAGUGGAUCUCGGGCAGCCAAUACAUCUCCCCUACUGAUCUUGAUCUGCUGGUCGGAGGCCCAGAUAGGCCUCCUAGCAAGCGAAUGAUGGACGCAGCGGCAGCAGAACAACGGGCUGCUCGGGCUGGAGAGCCAGCCGCCGCAUCGGGAUCGGGCAGCCAGGAAGGUUGGGGAGACUACCUGACGAGGCAAUUGAACGAAAGGACUGAGAAAUUGAACAUGAUGGGUGACAAUAUGGAGAACCUGCAGAACAACAGCGCUGGAUGGGCUGAUGAUGUAAACAAGUUCCUCAAUAAACAAAAGAGGAAUGUCGUGAUGGGUGGCCUUAAGAGCAAGUUCUUUUAAUGUGGAAUCAAAAAUAUCCGAGAGUUAUGGUGGCGGGCACGCAACCAGGUUAGCUACUUUUACAACGAGGUGACCAAGACAGAGUCCUGGUCAAUUUACGAGUGCAAUUGGGCAUUUACUCCAACAUGUCGACGGACUGUCACGAUUGAAGGCACGAGUUUUAACUAAAGAGUGAAAGGAGUGUAGGGCUCUUUUUUUCUUAUUGAGUUACUACUGCUAUAUAAAUCAUCUCGCAACUGAAAUCUCGAUGUUCCUCGAGGGAGCAUCCUGAACCGCAGUAUCCUCACCGACCACUUCCUUGAAAAGAAUAGGGAGGAAUCUGAGGUGGCUUGUCGGACACGCGAUUAGAGCCAUCUAGUCCAGCACGGAUUCCUGCUACCACUGUCUCUGUUCGAGCAGUGAAGGACUGUUCAUUAGAGCCAUAGUAACCAUCGCUUGGGGGUGCGCUCUCAGAAUAGCCUUCGUAUUCGCUUGAGGCCGUGGAGCUUACCGGCGAAACUGGCUCUACAUGUCUGAGCGGUGAGUUGUCAGGCUUCUGCCAAUUUGUUGGAGGCACUAUCUGAAGAUGCUUCGGUGACUCCUUAGUUGAUGUUGAUGCACUGGGUCGAGUAGAGCUGUGGUGACUAUCAGCGAGUUCGACAUAACGCCUUCGCAACUGCUCCAGGGCCUCAGACAGACUAACAUUCUCCGUUUGAUAUUUCUCAGCCCUGUGCUGCGAUUCAAGUGCUUCGGCCUGCGCAGUCUGUACUAUGGCUUGGUAUUUCAAAGCAGUGCGUUGAGCGAACUGGAGCUUUCUUUUACGCUGCCUUGCUAUUAAGCACAGCGAAAUGAAAGCCACAGCCAUUAGUGGCAAAGUCGCUGCCAAAAUUAUGGCAGUUAUAUAUGAACCUUUUGAAUCACCGUAAACCAUGUCGGACGAGCAAGAUUCGAGCUCUCGGUGCUCAACGACCGGAACGGGAGCCAUCUUCAAGACUACCUUGCGAGAUGCUAUAUGCUUAAAACUGGAAGUAAUUGAUCUGAAGAAGUUAUUUACCUUGAGCACCGAGAGAGCCUGCUAGUGGUGGCGUUUUAGUGCUACUGGAGGCAGUAUGCUGGAUUUCAGUCUUUUCAGAGCUUGUGUUUGAUAAGACGACAAGAUAUUCAAAGAAGCUACCUCGACUAUAAUAUAGUGGUGUAAGGUCACAUUGAUCUUCAAAACCGAACAUUGAUGUAAAUCAGAGGCAAAAGAUUGUAAGAACUAUUGGCUUGUAUGAUCGAACAACAGCUUUGUUGCCGAGGCCAAGGGGAUGGAUGUCCAAGGGCUGUGAACAUUCCCACAUCAUGUUCUCGAGAUCGACGACAAGCUGCAGGAAUGUAGACUAAAGUCGGCCAUUGGGGGCUAUGAGUUCACAUGGAACAUAAGUAUUGAUGACGGGACAACCAGGUGUAUCAGCAUCAAGCCGUUGAGCUUCUUUGAAUUUCGUGAACUGCACAUCCAUUAAUACUGAUAAAUGAUAGAACAAAGUCGAGCAAUGCCUCCAGAAUAAUAGUUUAUAACGACCAACUUUACCUGUAUUAGGAGACGUUAGGUGUCCAUGCGGGAGCAAGAAAUAGUUUGACAUUAAAGCAAGAUGCUAAGACUAAAUAAGUGGCUUAGAGGUAUACUAAGAUAUACUAAACUCACC